GAGCCAUCUGGGAGAACAAUAUCAAAUCGAUAUCUUGAUGUGUCAUAUCAUACGCUAUGUCUUCCCAUCUGUAUUCUUUGCUUCCAGAAAAUGGCAACAAUAUUCGCAUGCUUCGACUGUUGCCAAGUGAAGACGAGGCUGCACCCUUACAUUGCGAGCUUUGCAAUUAUUCUCUACAGAGAUCGAGCAUACGAACUCAUUUAUACGAAGCUUUGUCCUAUGUAUGGGGCGAUCCGAAGCAGACUUUGUCUAUCUACGUAGAUAAAGCCCAGUUUCAGGUUACGGUAAAUCUACACGCUGCGCUGUUACAACUUCGAGACUAUUCUUUUGAGCGAAUUAUAUGGGUAGAUGCUAUUUGUAUCGAUCAAAAUAACAAAGAAGAACGAAAACAGCAAGUCCAGCUUAUGGCGCAAAUUUAUAUCAGCGCACAUCGUGUUAUAGUUUGGCUCGGAGAGCAAACGGUAGAGAAACAGGGAGCACUUGAGGAUAUACAGCUUGCUGCUAAUAAUGAAGAACUUAUAGAGCACUCGAAGAAAGAGAUAAAGCAGCAACAAAUACUCAACCUUCUUCAAAACCCAUGGUUCCAACGUAUCUGGGUGCUCCAGGAGGUUGCCGCAGCUCGAGAUGUCGUAAUAAUGUGUGGAUCUACGGCUAUUGACGGAUAUAUAUUCUGCUUGGGUGUGAAAUCCCUAAAGCUCUCUUAUACUGCUUCUCCGGAAUUGAAGACAGCCAUCUAUCUAAUAGAGCACGCUGGCUUCCGACCUAAAUUUAGAACAGAUCUAUCAAAGAGGUUCUCCCUAAACAUACGGUCUUUAGCUGAAUUGAUAGACAUGUUUCAUACCCGCCAAGCUACUGAUAACCGCGAUAAGGUGUAUGCUUUACUUGGUAUGAGCUCUGACGAUCUCGAAAAGGCUGGCUUACAGCCUGAUUAUAACACUUCCUGGGAAGAACUAUUCCAGCAACUUAUUAAGUUCGUUCUCAGUGAAAAUAUAUCUGUGGAAGUUUCUGGCCAGAGGGCGGUGAUCCAAUGCAAGGGCUGUAUUCUUGGCCAGGUUUCCUCAGUUAGAAAGGGUGAUAGACAGAAUUUGACUAUCAUAUCUAGAAAUACAGCUUCCGAUCUAGGCGACACGAUAGAAUGGACCCUUCAAGCUUCAGCAAAACCCAUCCAAGAGAAUGAUAUAAUCUGCCUAUUAUAUGGAGCUUCAAAGCCUACGAUUAUUAGACUAUGUAAAGAUCACUUUGACAUUAUUAUAAUUGCAGCAACUACUUUAAACACGGAAAGCCAUUUCGAAUGGCCCGAAAUUUCCCAAUCAACGACAAAGUUUUUGCGGGAUUUCUUACUUUUCUGGGACUGGGAGAAUUCCUACGAAAAGUUACAAGAUCAAGAAAAAUACGAUACCUUAACAAAGACAUAUAGUCAAUCGUUAUUUUCUUCCAAAGCAAAGUCCGGAGAAUAUUUAAAUGAAGCGAUUAGAUUAUGGAACGAUAUAGCGAUAUUAGAUGAUUUGAAAGAACAUGAAAAAGCGGAUGAAAGGCUUCUAGAAGCAAGAAGUACUUAUAUGGCAACAUUUGGAGAAGAAUAUAUUCCUGGACCGCUUAGCCAAUACAGUCGGACACUACUGUCAUUUGUUGCUGGGGAAGGACACAAAGAUAUUACCGAGCUGUUGAUUGAUAUAGUUCAUCCAGAUGCAAAGGACGGGAAGUAUAAUCAGACGCCGCUACCACUGGCUGCUAGGAAUGGGCAUGAAGCAGUUGUCAAGCUGCUACUUGCAACUAGUCAGGUCGAAGUCGAUUGGAAGGAUAGAUACAAUCGAACACCUCUAUUGUUGGCUGCCAAGAAUGGACAUGAAGCAGUUGUCAAGCUGCUACUUGCAACUGGUCAAGUCGAAGUCAAUUGGAAGGAUAGAUACAAUCGAACACCUCUAUCGUUGGCUGCUAGAAAUGGACAUGAGGCUGUUGUCAAGCUGCUACUUGCAACUGGUCAGAUUGAAGUCGAUUCGAAAGAUAACGAAUGUAAUCAAACACCGCUAUUAUGGGCUGCUGGGAACGGGCAUGAGGCAAUUGUCAAGCUGCUACUUGCAACUGGCCAGGUUGAAGUCGAUUCGAAGGACGAAUCCAAUCGGACGCCGCUAUCGUGGGCUGCUGGGAACGGGCAUGAGGCAAUUGUCAAGCUGCUACUUGCAACUAGUCAGAUUGAAGUCGAUUCGAAAGAUAACGAAUGUGAUCGGACACCACUAUCUCGGGCUGCUGAGAAUGGGCACGAGGCAAUUGUCAAGCUACUACUCGCAACUGGCCAGGUUGAAGUCGAUUCGGAGGGUGGCUUCUACAAUCAAACGCCGCUAUUUUGGGCUGCUGGGAACGGGCAUGAGGCAAUUGUCAAGCUACUACUCGCAACUGGCCAGGUUGAAGUUGAUGUGAAGGGCGGCUUCUUCCAUCGAACGCCGCUAUCAUGGGCUGCUGAGAACGGGCAUGAGGCAAUUGUCAAGCUGCUACUUGCAACUAGUCAGAUUGAAGUCGAUUCGAAGGACCGUUAUAAUCAGACACCACUAUCGUUGGCUGCUGAGAAUGGGCAUGAGGCUAUUGUCAAGCUAUUACUUGCAACUGGUCAGGUUGAAGUCGAUUCGAAGGGUAGCCAAUUCAAUCAAACACCGCUAUCAUGGGCUGCUGGGAACGGGCAUGAGACUAUUGUCAAGCUACUACUCGCAACUGGCCAGGUUGAAGUCGAUUCGAAGAAUAAGUACAAUCGGACACCACUAUCUCGGGCUGCCAAGAAUGGACAUAAGGCUGUUGUCAAACUGCUACUUGCAACUGGCCAGGUUGAAGUCGAUUCGAAGGACGAAUCCAAUCGGACGCCGCUAUCGUGGGCUGCUGAGAAUGGGUAUAAGGCAGUUGUCAAGCUGCUACUUGCAACUAUCCAGGUUGAAGUCGAUUCGAAGGAUAAGUACAAUCGAACGCCGCUAUCAUGGGCUGCUGGGAACGGGCAUGAGGCAAUUGUCAAGCUACUACUCGCAACUGGCCAGGUUGAAGUUGAUGUGAAGGGCGGCUUCUUCCAUCGGACGCCGCUAUCGUGGGCUGCUGAGAAUGGGUAUAAGGCAGUUGUCAAGCUGCUACUUGCAACUAUCCAGGUUGAAGUCGAUUCGAAGGAUAAGUACAAUCGAACGCCGCUAUCAUGGGCUGCUGGGAACGGGCAUGAGGCAAUUGUCAAGCUGCUACUUGCAACUGGUCAGAUUGAAGUCGAUUCGAAGGACGAAUCCAAUCGAACACCUCUAUCGUUGGCUGCUAGAAAUGGACAUGAGGCUGUUGUCAAGCUGCUACUUUCAAUUGGUCAGAUUGAAGUCGAUUCGAAAGAUAACGAAUGUAAUCAAACACCGCUAUUAUGGGCUGCUGGGAACGGGCAUAAGGCAAUUGUCAAGCUACUACUUGCAACUGGCCAGGUUGAAGUCGAUUCGAAGGAUAAGUACAAUCGAACGCCGCUAUCAUGGGCUGCUGGGAACGGGCAUGAGGCAAUUGUCAAACUGCUACUUGCAACUGGCCAGGUUGAAGUCGAUUCGAAGGACGAAUCCAAUCGGACGCCGCUAUCGUGGGCUGCUGAGAAUGGGUAUAAGGCAGUUGUCAAGCUGCUACUUGCGACUGGUCAGGUUGAAGUCAAUUCGAAGGAUAACGAAUGUAAUCAGACACCGCUAUCGUGGGCUGCUGGGAACGGGCAUGAGGCAAUUGUCAAGCUACUACUUGCAACUGGCCAGGUUGAAGUCGAUUCGAAGGAUAGCUUAUACAAUCAGACACCGCUAUCGUGGGCUGCCAAGAAUGGACAUAAGCCUGUUGUCAAGCUGCUACUCGCAACUGGUCAGGUCGAAGUCGAUUGGAAGGACAAAUCCAAUCAGACGCCGCUAUGGUUGGCUGCUAGGAAUGGGCAUGAGGCAGUUGUCAAGCUAUUAGAUGAUUACAUUAAUUAGUUAUUUACUUCAUAUAAGGUUUCUUUUUAUUUUAACUUUAAUGAGAAGGGUUUUAGUGGAGAUAGAGUAUAUAUAUUAUUCAAGAACAUUUUGGAGAGAAACAUAAAUUUAGUCAAGAAGAUUCUGAAAAAUAUACUUUUCUCUUCUACGCGCUAUUCUUAACAAUCAUAGGUCUAAAAAGUGAAUCUAUACAUUUAUCA